AUGAGUACUAACGGUGCGAACGGCCACAUCUACGCCGAGGAUGAGCUGUACCGGAAGUUAGCGCCAGACCGCAAGGAAAUCCGCAUCCUCUGCCUCGAGCAGGACAACCGCCUGGACAGGUUCGUGCAGAAUGGUACUGUAGCGGAGACGCCACCAACACCGUCUGAAUUGAUCUUUCGAUGGGAAUACAUCUCGUUGUCGGACCGGAUCGUCCCUCAUUACGAUGCCAUCUCAUACAGCUGGGGCGGUGAUGAGGCGAAGGCCAUAGGCAGAACCAUAGUCGUCAACGGACGCUCAUUGACGAUUCCAAAGAACGCGCACGAAGCUCUGUCAGCUGUUUGUCUUCGCCAUGGCCACUACCGUGUCUGGAUUGAUGCAGUCUGUAUCGACCAAGAGGACAAGCACGAGCGCAACAACCAAGUCUCGUAUAUGGGCGAUGUCUUCUCAAAGGCGACGCGAGUAUGUAUCUGGUUCGGCGAAGACAAUUCUGUUGCUGAACCCGCUCUGGGAUCUGUUCGGACACUGCUCGAGACCAUGGAUCCCACAUUACCUGACCGACUCAAGACGCCACAUUCAGGCUCAAACAAAAGUCCUCCUCUUAGCACGGAUCCGCGAAAGCUCUCUACAUAUUCUGGAUGGCCUUCAGUCUACUCGCUGUACGCGAACCGAUGGUUCACAAGAGCUUGGGUGAUUCAAGAAGUCGCACUAGCCAAGCAAGCAUUAUGCUAUCAAGGAAAUUAUCCAUCUGCAGUGGACUUUGAUGAAGUCGCUCUAGUCGCAACAUAUCUCUACGAGAGACGACAUCUAUUACCCAAGAAUCCAAAGAAGAGCGCUCAAACUGGAUUUGAGAACGCUGCGACUAUCUUGACCUUGAGACGGCACAGAUCACAAAAGCUAGCCAGCUUGCUCAGAGUAGUCUACACUUUCAACUGCGAAGACCCCCACGACAUGGUCUACUCUAUCCUCGGCCUCCGUCACCGCUCCGCCCAAAAGCCCGAUUCCAUCCACCGCGUCAUUCCCAUCUACGAAGAACCAGUAGUGGAAGUCUACGCCAAAGCAACCAAAGCCGCCAUUUCAGAAACCCGCAGCCUCGGAAUCCUCAAACACGCUCACAGUCUGCGACCCUUCCAUCGCAAGCGCGGCGAGCCCGAUGAUUUCCCCUCCUGGGCCCUGCGCAUGGAUCUUCGAGGCCACUACCACAUCAACCCUAUAUCCUACCGCAGCUUCCGCUUCAACGCAAACGAAUUCCUCUCCCUCGUCCUCUGGCCCAACGACUCCUCCCGCGUGCUCCGCGUGCAAGGAGUGCUAGUCGACACCAUUAUCGACGUCUCAGACUGCAUGCGCUGGAAACAAGCCGGUGACUCAAGCUCAUCCGGCUGGAACGACACUCUCACCGCAGCCGCCGUGCUCCAUGAAACCUACUCCUGGGCCCGCGAAGCGCUCCCAGCCUGGACAGCAAAAGACUUCGCUCGGAAAUUCAGCAUGACAUGCGCAGCAGGCCAAGACGCCACAGGUCGCAGCCUCCACGACGGCAAAGAACACGCCUCCCGCCUCUUCCACGGCUUCUGGUCCACCGCCAACGUCCCCACCUCCUCUGACGCCCCACCCCAAGACGACGGCUACGCCUCCGAAACAGGCUCAGUCCACUCGAUGAAAUCGCAAGCCUCGCGCGCCAGCUCCACGACGCGAAGUAUAGACGUCAAAGACUUUGAUACGGACCUCGCUGCCGAUAAUCCUGACGCUACGUACGCGUUGUCAGCGAUGAUGAAGGGCGGUCAUCAUAGGACUGUGUACAUUACUGAGCGGGGCGCGUUAGGAUUGGGAACGGAUAAUGUGCAGGUGGGUGAUGUAGUGGUGAUUUUGUUUGGGGGGACUGUGCCGUUUGUGUUGAGGCCGCAGGCGCAUUAUUGGCAUUUUGUGGGGGAUUGUUAUGUGGAGGAGAUUAUGCAUGGCGAGUACAUCCGCACGCUGAACAAACAGAACCGACUUGAGCAGGCGAAGCAAUGGUUCAAGAUUCGAUGA